CUUUCCAAGCUUCCACCUCUCUGCAAAGCUUUCCUCCUCCCGCAACCAUGUCGCCCUCCACCGCUACCCAGGCCACCAAGAUCACGUCGUCGGCGCCCGCCCCGGCCGACCACUUUGCCCAGCCCAAGGGCACUGGCUUCACCAUCGACUUUGAGAAGAAGGUUUACGUCGUCACUGGCGGCAACCGCGGUCUCGGAAUCUCGAUCACCGAGGCCCUCGCCAACGCCAACGCGACCGUCGCCAUCAUCUACAACUCGGCCAAGGACGCCGAGGAGGUUGCUGAGCGCCUCUCGAAGAAGUGGGGCCAGACGAUUAAGGCGUACCAGGCCAACGUCUCGGAGGCGGACAAGGUCAAGUCGACGUUCGCCCAGAUCGAGAAGGACCUCGGCCCGAUCCACGGCGUCGUCGCCAACUCGGGUAUCUCGGUCGUCAAGAGCGCCCUCGAGCUCGGCAAGGAGGACUUUGACAAGGUCUUUGGCGUCAACGUCUUCGGCGUCUUCAACACUGCCCAGGCUGCCGCUGCCCUCUGGACUGAGCGCAAGCAGGGUGGCUCGAUCGUCGUCAUCUCGUCGAUGUCGGACACCAUCGUCAACAGCCCGAUCACCCAGGCCUUCUACAAUUCGUCGAAGGGCGCCGUCUCGAACCUCACCCGCUGCCUCGCCACCGAGUGGGCUCCCCACGGCAUCCGCGUCAACAACGUCAACCCGGGCUUCAUCGAGACCGACCAGACGAUGCACAUGGACGCCACCCUCCGCGAGAACCAGUGCAAGGAGGUCCCCCUCGGCCGCUUCUCCAAGCCCUGGGAGCAGGCGGGCCAGGUCGCGUACCUCCUCAGCCCGUACUCGUCGUACCAGACUGGCUCGAGCGUCUACAUCGACGGCGGCUACCUCUGCUGGUAAACAGCGACUCGUCGCUUGUGCAUAGUGAUUCCCCAAAGGAGAAGAGGUGGUCGUCGGCGGUGCGCUCGACCAGGGUCUGCGGCCGGCGCACCUUCUCGUGUGCUCGGUCGCUUGCAGCGCUUGAAACAGGAUACCUUUAGUCACCUUCUC